GCACAGUGUGUAUUUGUUCAUACACAUACAGUAUACACUUGUAAGGAGGUUCACUAAAAAAUAACCCAGCAGUGACUGAUAGCAGUUGUUGGUGAUUUACAAUGAAAAUUUGUCUCUCGGCAACUAAAGUGGAAGUGAAAGAGGUUGAUUUUAAUCCAGAAUUCACAGCCAGAAUGAUUCCGAAAGUGGAUUGGCCAGCUUUGUGUCAGGCAGCUCAGUCAGUUGGCCAUAGUGAAGGUUUACCAACAGAAAUUGCUGACAGUUAUGAAUCUGAUGAAGAUUUUUUGAAAAAGGCACACCGAAUUCUUAUGGAGGUAGAAGUUGUAGAAGGAGAUCUGAUCUGUCCUGAGACAGGAAGGAAAUUCCCAGUCAAUAGAGGAAUCCCAAACAUGUUACUGAAUGAGGACGAGGUGUGACAGGAGCUGUUUUUAACAAUCUUGUGAUAACAUUUUUGUGUCAUACAUUUUAUGACUUGAUAAAACCACAACAUUAUUGUGACAAUUCAUCAUGUGAAAUGUAAAGUAUCAUUGGAAAUAAUUGUGAAAAUGUAUGAACACAAUCUUCACAUGUACUUGAAAGAGAAAUAUAGUAAAAACAUUUCCUUUGUUGUAGAAUGCUUGUUAAUAAAGGUAUUAGCCAAGUA